AGCGUCUGGCUCUGGUCCUGGAGAAAAUAGAGAUAGCAAUCGCUCAUCUCACAUCCCACAGCGGCCAGCACUUUUCUUGCACAGGCAAAAAUCAAUGGCAGACUUCUCAGUACUCGGUAAUCGAGCAAGAGCCAGCUAGUUUUAAGCCGAAACGGGUAAUACUAGUUAGUUAUCAAACCCUAUAUCAGGUGGUUGUAUUCAAGGGAGUGCGUAUUUGCCACAUGUCAAGGGCCGUUUAGUCUGUCGCAGGCUGCGAUUGGGAAUAACCCAGGGCGUUGAACGCGAUCAGGAAGGGAUGCAGAGGUAACAGAGCGGGAUGAUAGAGGGUUAGUCACGCGAUAUCUCCCCUACCUCGAUACCUUAAGAUGCCGGUAGGAUCAUGGGCGUCGGUUACCGAUAUCAGUGCACAUUGGGACACAAGUACCAACAGGGGAAAGAAAAGGAAAAAAAAGGGACAGAGAUGGGGAGAUCCCGAGACAACGUUGAAGUUCAGCCCAAGCUAGUUUCCCUGGAGCUCCUGUGCUCUAACAAAACGUUUCGUGAGAGCGGCGAGACUCACCACGGGAACGACCGGGCCGAAAGUCUUGAACCGUCCUCCCCGCUCACCUGAGCUUGACCGUGACCAUAGAUACUGCAGUAGAGUAGAUGUUACGGGAACACAACAUGCAGCUUCUAUCCCGAUAUAAAAUCACAUCCAACCCAUAUUUCGUUCCCUUGAAGUACCAG